CACCACUCGCUUUUUUGCUCUCCACUUUCGCAUUUGUUUGCCGAAACGUUGUCUCAUUCUCUCUCUUUCCGCAAGCUGAAAGAGGCCCAGCGGAGUAAACCCUCGAUCCGCCGGAGGCGCGAUUUUUUUGAGAAUCAAUCGAAUGGCGAGACCGUCGAAGCAGCAGCAGUCGUCGGACGACGAUUCACUGUCCAACGCCUCCAAUUCGUCCGACGAGGAGCCAAUCAACGACCAGAUCAACGACGAGGAGGACGAGGAGGAGCUCGAAGCGGUGGCGCGCAGUGCCGACGAGUCCGAAGACGACGAAGCCGGCGGCGGCGAUGCUGCUGCUGAAGAUGACAACGCUGAGGAGACCGACGAGCCCGAAGAGGAUAUGAGCAACAAUGAAAUUAGCAAGCGUGAAAAGGCUAGACUGAAAGAGAUGCAGCGGCUGAAGAAAGAAAAGGUCCAGGAAAUUUUGGAUGCACAAAAUGCUAGCAUAGAUGCUGCGAUGAAUAAUAGGGGUAAGGGCCGCUUGAACUUCCUGCUACAGCAAACGGAGUUAUUUGCCCACUUUGCCAAGCCGGAUCAUACUGCACCAAAGGGCAAGGGAAGAGGGAGGCAUGCCUCAAAAAUUACCGAAGAAGAGGAAGAUGAAGAAUACAUGAAGGAGGCUGAGGAUGGAAUGGGAAAUACAAGGCUGGUGACUCAACCUUCUUGUAUUCAAGGAAAGAUGAGAGAUUAUCAACUGGCUGGGUUAAACUGGCUCAUCAGACUGUAUGAGAAUGGCAUAAAUGGAAUCCUUGCAGAUGAAAUGGGACUUGGAAAGACUUUACAAACCAUCUCAUUAUUGGGGUAUCUGCACGAGUUCAGAGGGAUCACUGGCCCUCAUAUGGUAGUUGCCCCUAAAUCCACACUUGGAAAUUGGAUGAAUGAAAUUCGUCGGUUUUGUCCAAUCUUACGUCCUAUCAAGUUCCUUGGGAACCCUGAAGAAAGGAGACAUAUCCGAGAGGAUUUACUUGUUGCUGGAAAGUUUGAUGUAUGUGUCACAAGCUUUGAGAUGGCCAUUAAAGAGAAGAGUGCUCUGAGGCGCUUCAGCUGGCGCUACAUAAUUAUUGACGAAGCUCAUCGAAUAAAGAAUGAGAAUUCCCUUCUUUCAAAGACAAUGAGGCUAUACAAUACCAAUUACCGUUUGCUCAUCACUGGUACUCCUCUUCAGAACAAUCUUCAUGAACUCUGGGCUCUACUCAACUUCUUACUACCAGAGAUUUUUAGCUCAGCUGAAACAUUUGACGAGUGGUUCCAAAUAUCUGGCGAGAAUGACCAGCAGGAGGUUGUGCAGCAACUGCAUAAGGUCCUUCGCCCUUUUCUCCUUAGAAGAUUGAAGUCUGAUGUGGAGAAAGGUCUACCUCCUAAGAAGGAGACGAUAUUGAAAGUAGGCAUGUCACAGAUGCAGAAGCAAUACUAUAAAGCAUUGCUACAGAAAGAUCUAGAAGUUGUUAAUGCUGGAGGAGAACGUAAACGUCUUCUCAACAUAGCCAUGCAGCUGCGUAAGUGCUGUAAUCAUCCAUAUCUUUUCCAGGGUGCUGAACCUGGUCCGCCUUACACCACUGGGGAUCACCUUGUAGAAAAUGCUGGCAAGAUGGUUCUCCUUGACAAGUUACUUCCUAAAUUAAAAGAGAGAGAUUCACGAGUUCUGAUAUUCUCGCAGAUGACAAGGUUGCUUGACAUUCUAGAGGACUAUCUCAUGUAUCGUGGGCAUCUAUACUGCCGUAUUGAUGGUAAUACUGGCGGAGAAGAUCGUGAUGCUUCCAUUGAAGCCUUCAACAAACCGGGAAGUGAGAAAUUUGUGUUCUUGCUUUCAACCAGAGCUGGAGGACUUGGUAUUAAUCUUGCUACUGCAGAUGUUGUCAUUCUGUAUGACAGUGACUGGAAUCCACAAGUUGAUUUGCAAGCACAAGAUCGUGCUCAUAGGAUAGGUCAAAAGAAGGAAGUUCAAGUGUUUCGGUUCUGCACAGAGUAUACCAUUGAGGAGAAGGUCAUUGAAAGAGCUUACAAGAAGCUUGCACUUGAUGCUCUGGUCAUUCAACAAGGAAGGUUGGCAGAGCAGAAAGCUGUCAACAAGGAUGAGCUGCUUCAAAUGGUGAGGUUUGGUGCUGAAAUGGUUUUCAGCUCAAAGGAUAGUACAAUCACAGACGAGGACAUUGACAGAAUCAUUGCUAAAGGAGAAGAAGCAACAGCUGAGCUUGAUGCUAAGAUGAAGAAAUUCACUGAGGAUGCUAUCAAAUUCAAGAUGGAUGACACUGCUGAGUUAUAUGAUUUUGAUGAUGACAAGGAUGAGAACAAGGUUGACUUCAAGAAAAUUGUCAGUGACAACUGGAUAGAACCCCCAAAGAGAGAGCGGAAGCGCAAUUACUCGGAAUCUGAAUACUUCAAGCAAACAAUGCGCCAAGGUGCUCCGGCCAAACCAAAGGAGCCCCGUAUUCCUCGCAUGCCACAAUUGCACGAUUUCCAGUUUUUCAACACACAGAGGUUGAACGAGCUGUAUGAAAAAGAAGUGCGCUAUCUCAUGCAAACUCAUCAAAAGAAUCAGUUGAAAGACACAAUUGAGGUGGAUGAACCUGAAGAUGUUGGGGAACCCUUGACUGCCGAAGAGCUAGAAGAGAAGGAGAAGCUGUUGGAAGAGGGAUUUUCUUCAUGGAGUAGAAGGGACUUCAAUACCUUCAUUAGGGCUUGCGAGAAGUAUGGAAGAAAUGACAUCAAAAGCAUUGCUUAUGAAAUGGAAGGCAAAACGGAGGAAGAGGUUGAAAGAUAUGCAAAAGCUUUCAAGGACAGAUACAAAGAAUUGAAUGAUUAUGACAGAAUCAUCAAAAACAUUGAAAGAGGAGAGGCCAGAAUUUCUCGUAAAGACGAGAUUAUGAAAGCUAUUGGAAAGAAAUUGGAUCGCUACAAGAACCCAUGGCUCGAGUUGAAAAUCCAGUAUGGUCAAAACAAAGGGAAGCUAUACAAUGAAGAAUGUGAUCGCUUCAUGAUAUGCAUGGUUCACAAGCUUGGAUAUGGGAAUUGGGACGAGCUGAAGGCAGCAUUCCGUACCUCACCUCUGUUUCGGUUCGACUGGUUUGUCAAGUCUCGAACGACUCAGGAACUCGCUAGGAGAUGUGAUACCCUAAUCCGGUUGGUGGAGAAGGAAAAUCAAGAAUAUGACGAGAGGGAAAGGCAGGCUCGUAAAGAAAAGAAGCUUGCUAAGCAGAGCAUGACACCAUCUAAGCGUGGUGGUGGUGGUGGUGGGAGGCAAACUGAGAGCCCCAGUUCCCUCAAGAAACGCAAACAACUCUCCAUGGAUGAUUACCUGACCUCUGGGAAGAGGAGGAAGUAGUGAAAACAAGGCUCAUUGCUCCGAUGUAGGCUGGACGCUUUCUGCGAGGAGCAGCCAUAGUUGGAUGAAGUUUCACCAUGCAGAUCUUUUAGAAUGUACAAAUAUAGGAAGCUGACUCUCUGGAUGAGUAAGAGUAUCCUCAUGUUGUUGAGGUCAUUAUGAGUCCCUGUAUUCCUUAUGUAACUCAUCAGGCCAUUCGUAAUCUGCGCCUGCUUCUAAACAUGAACUUAGGCGCCGUAGUCAUGAUUAUGAUCGUAUGUUUUGGGUCGGGACUUCUAUCUGUAAUCCUUAACGUUUAUGGAUUAGCUUCAAAUUGUUAUCAUUUAGGAAUUGGGAUUGCAUUUUAUAGACAACGUUGUCCUUUAUGGCAACU